AUGGGAGAUUCACAAGCAAAAUAUAAUAUAUGGACUGCGGAGGAGAGCAAUGAAUUAUUAAGACUUAUGGUUGAUGCUGCAAUGCGAGGAUGGCGUGAUAGGAAUGGUGUGUUGAACAAAAGAACAGUGGAAAUAAAAAUACUUUCCACUCUUAAUGCAAAACUUGGGUGUGAAAAGACUUUUGCACAGUAUCAAAGCCGUUUGAAGUGGUUCAAACAACGAUAUAACAACUACUGUAAGCUUAUGCGUCAUAGUUCUGGGUUUGGAUGGGAUUCUAUGACAAAGAAAUUCACAGCUAGUGAUGAAUCUCACCCUAAACAUGAACAUUAUCGGACUGAUACUUUUGAGGAUUAUGAAGACUUAAGACUUGUAGUUGGGAAUGGAACUGCUACAGGAAAAUACACAAUUGGACUUGGAGAUGACAUUGAUGCGAGAACCUUUGAAACAGAAGAAAAUGGGGGUACUAACUUAUUAGAUGAUUACGUGUUUGAUCACAACAGUGGUGAAUUCAUACAAAGCAAUAGGCAAGAAUCUUCAUAUCAGCCUCUAUUUUCUGAGGACCUUGCUUCACCAUUACCAUCUCAACCUAUGAGUUCUGAGGUUCCACAAGCAACUAGAAAACGAGAUAGGAGUGAAUUUGAAGCAAAAUCAAGCACUUCAAAGAAUAUAGACCCAGAUGUUUUAAAUAGGCUCUCUUACACCAUUGAGAAAGCAUCUUCUAAGAUUGAAUUAGUUGGCGUUGUAGAUGAUAACUGUUGGGAUGCUAUAAAACAAGUCCCAAACUUGAAUAAUCGUACUCGUUACAAGGCGUUUGACUGGCUCAAUACUAGAGCAAAGAAGGUGGCUUUCUUGAAAAUGACAAUUGAAGAGCGUUUGGAGUGGAUAGAUUUUAAAAUGAGUGAAUGA